AUGGCCAACAAUUCCUCCGUUUUUCCAGCUUUCUUUGACGGACCCCUUAUAGAGUUGUGCGUCGGCAUGGAGACCGGACUUUACAUCUGGGGUAUUUUUGCUUUUAUUUGCUCUGUUGUCGGCGUUCCAGCAAGCUUGGCCAUCUUAUGGGAGAUGUAUAAAGCCUACAGAGGCAGAGCUCCUGUUACAUCCGUCGAUCUGUUUGUAUUGAACCUCUCCAUCAUGGACGCCACUUACUUAUCCAUCCUACCGAUGAUCAUCAUCAGUGUGUUUAAAAUUCAAAACAAGUUUGUAGACUCUUUCACCAACUUCAUUUUCGGUUUGAAUAUAUGCGGACGACCUCUUAUGAUGGCGUGCAUCUGUCUGGAUUCCUACGUGGCCGUGAUUCACCCCAUCUUCUACCGCAAGAUGAAAAGUAGGACACCUAGGGUGGUCGGGGUGGCGGCUGUCUGGAUGGUGACCUUGACCUCGUGCUGGCUAUACUUCCGAUACCGCUGGUUGUACUUCACCUUAUAUUCCACAACAUACUACAUCGUCGCCAUGGUGGUCAUCGGCAUCUGCGACGCCUUCAUCCUGCGGGCGUUGGUCGUGCCAGUACACGGCUGCAAAGGCAUCCACCCGCAGAAGAAGAAAGCCAUUCACAUACUCACUAACAGUUUAGUGAUGGUGGUCAUCUCCUACCUCCCACCCACGCUUCUCUUCAUAUUUGGACUCCACUUGAUGGCCGAUAGGCGGGAAUUCAUAUGCACCAUCGCGAUUCCGGUCGCCCUGACUUCAACGUCGGGGUCCGCCGUCAUGCCCAUGCUCUAUUUAGCUCUUCUGGACAGUCCAGAACAAAUGGCUGGACAUUUUGUCUUGCCAGAAGAAAUAUCUAAUAUGGAGGAACCCGCCACCAAGAAGGCUGCGUUCAAGACCACAACUUCCCUGAAACCAGAAAUCAUUGAGAUGAGCCAAGAUCAAGAGUUUUAG